CCUAGACCAAGCCAAAUACAAAAAUACUAGGUAAUUCCUGGCAGUCAGAAAAAUCAGCCAUCAACAGGCACAUACAGAUAAACAACAUUUGCAUACCAUUCAAAAGAGAUAAUCACAAAGCUUAAAAGGAAACAAAAUAUCUCACCAGCAAUUAACACCCAGAUAAGCAGAGAUUAACACCAAGAUCAAUCCCACCGAUAGACCUAAAACAAUACUCCAAUCAAGGAGUUACCAAUUCAAACAAUCAAACAGAAAACAACGAUCUAAUCAAGGAAUCACCAAACUACUUCCACCAACAGAUAGAGCAAGCCACGUGCAUACAAACAGACAGCAAAUCACACUCCCUUCUAGCACUGAUGAUGUUACCUAGUUGGGUAAUGAAACAUCUGCAAGAAAACAACCAAAUUCAGAAAGCACCAAAGACCCCACCAGGCCAUAAUCAGUUACUCUGAAGGCUUUUGCCUCCUAAGUCUUUAGCACACUCCUGUGACUGAAAAAUCAGUCUUUCUGAUGCUGGGAAAAAUAGUUUCAUAUACUGUACAUGUAGAUGUAGACCUAAGUACAUUUUUUUGGUAGUUUUUUGUGGUAAUUUUUGUCAGGGAGGCCAAGAAGGUUAAAUAGUUUAUGUGUCCUCCCCACCCACAUACCUUUUGUCCUCUUUUUCAAUUGUCCAUGUCCUCAUUUGCCUGUUCAGGUAUCUGGCAACCCUACCUUCAGAUGUACUAAUGGUGUAGAUUUCCAAAUUCCCAGCCAGUCAUGCCAUUGCCACAGUGACUAGGAAUCCAGGAGACUGUACUGUAGUACCCACCCAGAUGAUGGACAUUUAGUCAGAGAAGACUGAGGCAGAUAAUAAUAUUGAAUUCAUCCCUCGCAUUUGGUCUAUGUAUUGUUUAAACUGUAUGAGGGAUUCCGGGCAUGCAAAUGGAAAUGUAAUUACUCUUGCCACUUCUGCUUUGAACCUGUCUUAACAACUGUUCAAGCUAUUGUGAAUAUUGAGUUCAGUAUUUGUAACUUCUCAGACAGAAUCUGCUGGCAAGGCAAUUAUUAAGUUGAAGGUUCAGAGGAAUAUGCUGACAUGGGGGUCUCAGAAACCUUAGAUGAGGAAAGAACCUGCUGACUGAAAAAGUUGGUAGGAGAAGGCCCAAGGGAAGAUGAGGGAUAAUCUCACUCAAGAUCUCAAGAAAUACGGGAUGAAUAGAUAUAUUUUAUCAGCAAAAGCAGAGAAGGGAAACAAUAUUCUUGACAGAUUGAGAUUUAAGUAGAAGGAUGGCCAAGAAUGUGUAUCAAAGAAUGUAUUGGAUUAAAAAAGCAUAGGGGAUGUGUGUGUGUGUGUGUGUGUGUGUGUGGUUUUUUUUUUUUUUUUGGUAUGUGGAACUAAGGAAUUUCAGAGUGAAGCUUUCAGAGUUAUUUAUUUAAUAAUUUUAUACUGCCUUUAUUACUUUAUAAGUAACUCAAGGAGCAAACAUACAUAAUACUUCUUCAUCUUUCUCCUUUUUUCCCCUCACAACAAACCUGUGAAGUGAGUUGGGCUGAGAGAGUGAAUGAGUGGCCCAAUGUCACUCAGCUAGCUUUCAUUGCUAAAACAGAACUAGAAUUCCCAGUCUCCUGGUUUCUAGGCCAGCAACUGAACCACUACACCAACCACUACACCAACCUUAGAUACUUUAAAGAGUAGCUCCACAGAAAGCACAUUGUAGCAGCCAUUCAUGAUAAAUAACAGUGACUUAAAAAGUUCCCUUAAACCAAGCUCCCUACUAUUAACUAUGAAAUUGGUUUCCUAUAUCAGGUCCAACCCUGCUUACCUUUUUCAAAAUCCGCUAGAUUCUACUCCCUGCUGAAGUUUGAAGAACAGGUAACUAUCAGCCCAUGAAUUGUUGGCCCAGUACUUAUAAUGGGUGUAAAUGGAUUCUUUGCUAUUGUGGCCCUCUGGAUUCUAGGAAUCCAGUAAGAGGUGAGGAUUGAGGGGCCUUCCCAAGCUAUGAGAAAGUAAUCUCAUUCAGCCCUGGUUUCCUAUUGGAUCUCCAUGUUGUUGAUUUUUUUUUGUAGCCUAUCAUCAAGCUUAGUGAAUAAUGAAUAAUGACUGCUUGCAUAGAGUUAAAGAAGGAUAAAGUAGAGCUAGGUGUCACCAGUAUAUUAAUGGCACCCACUCCAGUGUUCCAGAUACCUUUACUGAAACAUUGUAUAGCAGAAGUGCCAAACGUGUAACCCACAACACUCCCAGGUGUGACCCAGAUCAGAUUAAAAUGCAACUGGGUGAUAUUUAGGAAAAUAAAAUAAAAAUACAACAAAAUAGCAAUAAUAUUACAUUUUGAAGCUCAAUAAGAAUAAAUAUAAUGACCAAUCACCCAAACCCCAGGCUUGUGACUCAGGAAAUGUCCUGCAUAAACUUUCUUCCUAAGCUAAAUUGCAGCAGAAAUAUAGGGCUAACGAGAUAUGAGAUACUAGAUAUCCAAGCAGGCAAAGGAGGUCAUGGAUAAUUGGAAAGAAGCAGUUCACACUAAAUUGGACGUUGCAUUACUCAAACUCACACUAAUUGUGACCUCUCUGUACUUUUGUCCCAGAUGACUGGCAGGCAGGCAGCCCUGCACGGUUAGGUGACCUGCUCCGGUCUACAGUGUUUCCAGUGCCUGAAGGAAUACCUCUCUCCAAAACAGGUUGCCGGUUACCAUGACCAUGAGGAGUUUGUUCUCGAAUCCCAGCCAUUAUGUCGAAACUUUUCAAGUCUUCCUCAAGAAGUCAACCGAACAUCAGUGCAUGCAGGACUUCAUUGAUAAGAAGCUGCCCCAGUUAAUAUCCAGCAUCAGUAAUGGAAAACCUGAAAUCAAUGUUCUAAGUGUUGGUGGUGGUUCAGGAGAAAUUGACCUUGAGAUUCUUGCAAGAUUACAGUCAGAAUAUCCUGGAGUGAUCAUUCAUACUGAUGUGAUAGAACCAAAUGCAGAACAAAUAAACAGUUAUAAAGAAUGUGUUGCAAAUGCAUCAGAUCUCAAGAACAUAAAGUUCACUUGGCACAAGGAGACGUCCCUGGAAUAUGAAAAUCGAAUUAUGGACAGCAAAGAGAUGGGAAAAUGGAAUUUCAUCCAUAUGAUCCAGAUGCUGUAUUAUGUAAAAGACAUGCCAGCUACCAUUAGGUUCUUUCAUGGCCUCUUGGAACCUGGGGCCAAACUCCUCAUUAUUCUUGUUUCAGGACGCAGUGGCUGGGCCAAAUUGUGGAGGAAAUACGGUCAUCAUUUACCUCCGAAUGAUCUUUGUUUAUAUAUUUCUUCUGCUGAUGUUGAAGAGGUGCUUGAUGGUUCUGGACUAAAAUAUCAGUCUUAUGAGCUUCCAUCAGACAUGGACAUUACGGAUUGCUUUAAUGAAGGGAGCAAAACUGGUGAACUUUUGCUUGAUUUUUUGACAGAAACCUACAAUUUCAGUAAAACUGCCCCUCUUGAUCUAAAAAAUGAACUCAUUGAAGAUCUUAAAAAGCCCGAAUACAGUGAAAGGAGAGGUGACAAGUAUUUUUUUAAUAACACCCUGAGCGCAAUAAUGAUUGAACAUUAAAAUGGAGAGACUUACUUACACACCUAAUAUCACUAUGAACUUGUUUAAUAUUUUAAUAACUGGCUUGUAUGUGAAACCUGAGACAGAUACAGACAGAAACACUCAAGUGAGAUAUAGUAUUUUGUGCCUUGCAUUAGAAUUGUUAAGAGUAUAGAUAUGUGUUUGCAAUGUUGCAGAGGGACACCUUAUUAAUAAAUUAAAACUUACCUUA